AUGGCGCCUGCUCCGGCCUCAUCAAUCUCGAAGAAAGAGGGGAAGGCUAAGAACUGCCUGCAACUGUCCCUCCCAUCUGGUGCCAAGGUUCCAACUUUGGAUGCACACAGUAAGCCCACUGUCAUGUCGCCUAUUCCUCAACCUGCAUUUAUGGGAUCCACUCCACACACCAUGCUACCUACUUUGAACCUCGAGAUGGGCGGUGCUCAUCCGAUCAAUCGUGCGUCCAGCAUUCAGUACACUCCCAAACGUCAUUACAGUUUCUGGUGCACCAUCCUUGCAGAGUCGCCAACCAUCUCCACUAUUGAUCAGAUCAAUCGCAGGAGAUGA